AUGAGUGUCGGCCUGACGGACGGUUAUGACGCCCUCGAGGACGACGUCGACGAUCUAAUCCACGAUGCCGAGACUCCCGAGCGAGAGGCCUCUGCCGACGUCCUCGAGGCUGGCGACGAAGACGAGCUAGUCAAUGACGACGACCGCGAUGUCGAUACGGGCCCGGACGAAAUCUCGCAAUUUCCCGGACUCCUCGGCCUGCGCCAGAGGGGCGGGGACACCUUCGGUACAAUCGAGUCGUCUCUGCCUCUACCAUUCCCUCUCCUGUCGGCCGGCCAAGCCGUGCAUCCACUGCUCUCAGAGCUGGCUCCACUGCGACUGCUCUCCACACCAGCCGUCGGCAAGCACAGGCGAGCCUCGCCGACCGAGACAGAGGUACCGACGCCCACGCCCACGCCCACCCCGACGCCGACGUCAACAUCGGCACUGGCCAGUUACCGCACUGCGGGCAGGCUGGAGGUGUUGUUGGCCCGGCUGCGGCGGGAGCAUCGCCUCAGAAUGCAGAUUCUGCUGAUCCAAAAAGCCGUCUGGCAUGCACGUCUUGAGCGCAUCUCGCUGAUGCGUUUGCGUCGUCCGAUGCCACGACUGGCGUCGGCCAAACUGGUGAAGACAAAGACGGACCUCACCUCGACUCGGCGGGUUGCCACAGCGACAAAGCGUAGACGAACCGGGUCAGCUGAUUCGGUGUCAGGCCGUGGCUUUCCCGCCCCGACGGAGGAGGUGUCGACGAGGGCAAGAAGGAAACGAAGGCGGCUCGAGACUGCCGAUGGAGCCGGAGCUGGGCCAGGCCUGACGGAGACCCUGUUGACGUCGAGAUUGGCCAUGAUGCAGUCUGGACAAGCUGGUUGA